AUGUCUUCCACUACCAACACCAACCCGGGCAACUUCGCCAACCGUCCCACCAAGGAGGUCAAGGAGAUCGCUGCCAUGGGUGGCAAGGCUAGUCACGCGCACGACGGCGAGCGCAAGGGCUCCACCGACCCGCCGGCAGGUCGCAACGAGGACGGGACGUUUACAAAAGGCUCUGAGGCCGCGAAGGAGGCUGGCCACAAGGGCGGUGUUCACAGCCACGACCACGACGGCAUGGACAAGGAGGAUACCGGCCGCAACGCCGACGGUACGUUCACGAAGGGUUCCGAGGCUGCCAAGGCUGCUGGUGAGAAAGGCGGCCAUGCAUCAUAA